AUGCUCCAGUUCCCGCUGGGAUUAACUUUGGGCAAAGUGGUCGGAACGCGUCUGGCUCAGAACGACGACAUGCCAAACCUGGCUAAAGGGCUCGGAGAAAUUAAAAAGGACUUGAGCGCUAAGGACAAACUCCCUAGUUCGUGA